UAUGAAUUUAACAUAAUUAGAGUCCAUAUGCUAAUCAUUAAACUCUCUCAAAACUCCUCCAUCUUAGUGGACAAUUGAUUAAAUUCGUAGCUUUUGUGAUCAUUACAAACUUGAAUGGGCUAAAGAUAUUUUGAGAGUAUACAUUUAAUGAAUAUGAUUUUUAGAUUCAUAAUAACAAGUAAUUAAAUGUAAAUCAUCUACUUUUAAAUAAUGUGCUUGGAACUAAAUAAAAAAAGCAUCAUGAAAAAGUCUAAGAUAAAAUAUCAAUUUUAGAAGUCUAAGGUUUGUAGAAUGAUGUUAUAAAAGAAAUUUGUUUAGCAAAUCAAUUUUUUUAUAGGAAUUUUAGUGAUAAAAACAUUCAUUAUCAAAUUGUUAAAUUGAAAAUAUGGUCUUUCAUACUAAAUUUAUAUGAAGCUUAUCGUUUAUCACUUAAAAGAUUAUAAGGAUUACAUCGAAGUAGAAUAUGUACAAGAGGAAAAUGCUGUAGAUGUUCUGGACCAGAGGGAAAAUGUACUUGUGAAUAGUUAUUAGAUAUUCUAUAACAAAUUAAUUGUUAUAUUAAGUAAAUAUUUAUGGCAGAUAAAGGAAUCUAAUUUAGAAGAAAUAAUGAUGUUUAUAUCAAAUCUAAUUUAAUCAAACUUUUAUACACUAAUACCUAAUAUUUACCUAAAGAACCACCACUUUUUUGGGAUGUUGAUUAAGUAAGUGUCCUUUUAAAAAUUGUUAAAUUAGAUUUUUUAGAUUAACUUUUUAAAUAAAAUUUAGUUGAUGGAUUUAUUAUUUCUGUUUUGGGAAAAUGUCCAUUUCCUGAAACAAGUUAAUUGCUCAAACUUUUUGAUUUUAAUUUAUAAUAAAAUACAAAAAUUAUAAAUGUUAGACUAUAAACACAUUCUAAACUUACCUAAAUGUAAAAAUACACAUAUAUAUAAAAUGUAUUCUUAAUGCUUUUUUACUUAACCAAUACAUUAAAUCAAACUAUAUAUAAUUGUUUAGAAACUGAGGAAUUUUAAACAGAAAGUUAAUAGAUUAAUCAUUUUGAUUACUAUGACUUAUUUUAUUUUAAUGUAAAAUGUCCAUAAUUUUGGAAGAAAUCUCCAGAUAAAAAAGCAUAAACAUCAGAUAAUUUAGAAGCUUUUAAAGUUUUUAAUUUAGAAGAUGUUCGUCAUGAAUCGAUUGCAAUAGAUUCUUUAAGAUCUAAUUCUGUAAAUAUGCAAAAUUAUAAUAAAACAAAUAUUGAUUUGCAGAAAAUACAAAAGACUGAUCCAGAUAUAGAAAGUAGUGUUAGAUAAAGAUAGGAUCUUAUUUAUCGCUAAAAAGGAUAAGAAUAAAAACUAAAUCAUAUUUCUUUUCUAGAAACUGCUUCAGAUGAAACCACUCUUAAUGAAAAAACACCUUUAAUUGAUUCAGCUAAAAACUAAAUUGAUAAUAAGAAAUCUAUGUAAGAAUCUGUAUAUUUUCCAUAAAAUUAAUAAAUGUAGGAGAGUGUAUACUUUUCACCCUAAUAAUAAUAAUAAUAAUUGUAAGAAUCUGUUUAUUUUCCAUAAUAAGAUACUAAACCAAUGCAAGAAUCUGUCUAUUUUCCUUAGACUCAAAAUUAAUAAUAAUAAAUGUAAGAAUCUGUAAUUUUUCCUCAAUAAGAAUAGAAAUAAAUGUAAGAAUCAGUAUUAUUUAUUCCUUCUAAGUAAGUAAUGUAGGAGUCGGUUUAUUUUCCUUAAUUAGAAAAUAAAGAAUAAAAGAUAGAAGGGUCAGUUUAUUUUUCUAAUUAGAUGUAAGCAUCUGUAGCGUUUCCUGAAAAUCAAAAUUAAAAUUAAAAUUAACAAAUGCAAGAAUCGGUAAUAUUUUAAGAACCUAAAAAUAAUGAUUUUGGUUAAUCAAAGAUUGUAGGAUAAUCAGUAAUGAUGGGUUAAUCAGAAUUUAUUAAUAAUGAUUAAAUAAAGAAUUAAAAUGAUACUAAAAUUAAUUUUUAAUAAAAUAAUAAUAAGGGUGUUUAAAAUCUAUUGGGUUAAUCCAUAAAUAUAGAUCAUAUAAUAAGAGAAGUAUAAGGUGAUUAAGAUAAUAAAAAAUAACAAAAAAAUGUAAAGUUAAAAGUUUCUUUUUAAUAACAAUAUGAUAAAAAGAAAGAAGAAAAUUAAAUUAGAACACCUACAAGAUAAAAAAGACUUAAAUUAAUUAGUUCUAUUGAAUAAGCCACUCUUUAUAGUAAUAUUAUUGAUCCAUUUAUACUAAAUGUAAGUCAUCAAAUGAAAAUAAAGUCUGAAUAAUUUCAUAAAGUAAUUAAUACUAAAAUAAAAUAGAUUUUACUAAUUAAUUUGAUUGGUGCGACUUUUGGUCGAAGUUAGGAUAAUCAAUAUGUUCUUUAAGAUUAAUCAAAGAUCUCUUCCAAACAUGCCAGAAUCGUUGUUAUGAAGGGUAAAAUUAAUGAAAUAAAAAAGAUAGGUUUCAUUUAUAGGAUUUAGGAUCUAAAAGAGGAACUUUUUUAAAUGCUUAUAAAAUGAGAUUAACAAAAGGCAUGGUAUUUUAUAUUGGAGACAAAUAAGCAUUUUAGAUUUUAGAGAUUAAUGAAAAUGAGGGAGUAUUAACGCUUGCAUUUGAUAAAGAAUUAAUUGAUAUUAAAUAAGUUCAACUUAAAAUAGGUGAAACUUGGUCUAUAGGAAGGGAUUUAAAAAGAACUCAUUAUUAAUUUAUUGGAUAUCCUAUUCAUUAGUUAUUAUCUUAAAUUCAUUGCAUAAUUUCAUAUGUUUAAAAGGAUGGGGAAGCAAAAUUUAUUAUAGAUGAUCAAAAUUCAAAAAAUGGCACUUGGUUAAGAUUAAGCGAUAAAAAAAUAUAGAGUCAACCUUAGCUGUUGCUGAGAAAUAGUAAGUUUAAUUUUGCCUUUGAGAUUAAAUAUGAAGUGAUUGAUGUUUAUUAUUAAAAUAAUUAAUGA